AAAAAAAAAAACUAUGGUCUGCCUUAACCAAGUACAAUUCCUUGCGUGAUUCCAUGGGCAGCAGUGAAGCACGGCUCACACUUGCAUCAAAUCCAACCUCAUGCUCUCUUGUACAGUUAAAUGGCUUGGUGAAAAUCACUGAUCAGUUCAAGCCAAGCACAGAACAGAUAAGUUGAGCUGGGUCUAGCUGACAGGUUAUCACUUUCUAUAAGAGGAGAGUGCUGACUAUAAUCUCAAUUUAAGAUUCAUAAUCGGACUCACAUUUCUCCAAUUAUUUGAGUUAAAAUAUCAUCCAACAGAGCAAUAAGCAAGUUCUGAACAUAUUUUGAUCUUGCAGUUUCUUUAACAGGACAAGACAGAGAGAAAUUUAUUCUUGUCAAUUUCUCCAAGUUCCUCUAUUUUCUUAAUCCUUACACAGAUAAGAGUUCAACGUUUUAGAAAAGUAUAGAUUAAGAAGGUUGGGUCGUAACUAGAAUCUUUAGUUUGGGUUCCGGUCAUUCACAAGAUUUUCCAAGAAUGGGCACUGAUUUGGGCUCAGCCUGAUAAGGCUUCUGUUCGGUUUUGGUCAAAACAAUGGCGUCAAACAGCGCCAAAGAGAGGGUUCGUCCUUUGUCCCUGGAACUGCAAAGCAAAAAGCGUGCACGACCGACAGUUCCUUUGGGGCUUCAGAAAUUGCACCAUCAGCACUUUCAUUCUCUCUCUAGACUGUUUAUAAUUUCAAAAUGACCGUCCCAAAGGCCAAUGUAGAAGUUUCCAGGUUUUGAAUUCCCUAAAGGUGGAAUUGUUUUACUAAGUUGCAAGCUAAUUUUGUUGCAGCUUAUCGAGCCCAAAGGAUGGCAGGUGCUGUUAGUUUUUCCCUUUUGCAAUUUCCUAGAUGCAGAAUCCAGCCCUUACCACACUUUCAAUCAACAUAUGUAGGCUGUUUGCCACACAAGUUCGACAUACGAAGACAUUCUUUCAAGGCUUUUUCUAAAUUUAAGUUGCUAGGAUCACAUGAUUUCGAGCCUUUUCAAGGGACAACUAAUAGGACUCAGGUUUUGAGACCUAGAUCAACAGAAAGUGGGCUAAGAACUAGAGACAAGGAGAAAGGUGAAAGAAGCAACGUUAGGCAUAAAUUCUUGGAUGGACAAGUGCAGGCAAGCACUAUUAGUUCUUCAGUUUCAAGUUGCCUUAGUAGCAUCCAGUAUUGUGAUGCUAAACGCCAGAUUUUAGAGAGCCAAGAUCCAAAGCAAUUUGUAAGAGUGUUCGUUUUUGAUAUUGAAACCACUGGAUUUUGCAAAGAGAGUGGGCGGAUUAUCGAAAUUGCAAUCCGAGACCUUAUGGGGGGAAAGAACAGUUGUUUCCACACCCUGAUUAACCCUGAACAACAUGUUCCAAAUUCACACAUUCAUGGUAUUACAACCAACAUGGUGAAUCAACCAGAUGUCCCAAGGAUGAAGGACUUCAUCCCAAUCCUACUGCACUACAUCAGAAGCCGCCAACAAAUUCCUGGGAGCCUUGCUUUGUUUAUUGCUCACAAUGCACGAUGUUUCGAUGUACCUUUUCUUGUCAAGGAAUUCAGCCGUUGUUCAAUGGAUAUUCCUCCUAAUUGGCUGUUUUUAGACACCCUUCCUCUGGCCCGCCAGAUGAUGAAGUUGAAUGGAUCAAGGCUCUUCUCACUACAAGCACUCUGCGAACACUUUGACAUUCAAGCAGUAGAUGCAACACAUAGAGCCAUGUCAGACGUGAACUUGUUGUCAGUUAUACUUGAGAGGAUGACGGUUGACAUGAAGCUCACGAUUGCUGAUUUUCUUGAAAAAUCUUUCCAGGCUUCAGAUCUCAGCGACUUGAUGAAGACUAAAAAGAAGAGCUGAAACUAGCAUUGUUUUAUUGCUUGUAACUGCUCAAGUUGAUCUAUACUCUUGUAUUUAAGGAUGAUCAUAUAUACUCUUCUUCGGGUUGAAAAUGUAUUCCUUUUGUUUUCAUAGCAGUUGCAGGAAAUGGAGGCUGGUCUGUGAACUA